ACUAUUCAAGCAUGCCAAGUGCUGACGUAACGUAAAGAACUUGGGAACAUGGCGAAAGGCUUGUAGAUAACCAAAAGAAAGGAAAUUAUUUGCUAGAUAGCUUGGUGUUUUAAAGUGAUUUGUAUUAUUUUGCCACUUGUUGCGUAGUGCAUGUUUUAUUACGAAAAUCCAGGAAAAAAGAAGACCUGAAGAUGAGUGUAGAUGCCUAUGGACCAAGCUCGCAAACGCUUACAUUCUUGGACACGGAAGAAGCAGAUUUGAUUGGUGCUGAUACUCAAGGAUCCGAGUUUGAUUUCACAGAUUUUACACUACCUUCACAAAGCCAAACACAGGCUUCACAAUUGGAUGCUGGACAAAUCCAAACUACACAAAGUCAGGUGAAUGGCGAGGUUGGAGAAAAUGGUAUAGAUACUGACCUAACAGCUACAACUAAAGCUCUUGGGGAAUUGCAGUUUGAAGAGGAAGAUGAUGAAGCCUACUACAAUAAGGAUUUGCCAGAAUAUGCAUGUAAAUACUGUGGAAUACAUGAUCCGAGUUGUGUGGUCAUGUGCAAUGUCUGUAAAAAAUGGUUCUGCAAUGGUCGAGGAAAUACGUCCGGUUCUCAUAUUAUCAACCAUCUUGUCAGAGCCAAACACAAGGAAGUGACUUUGCAUAAGGAUGGUCCACUUGGCGAGACUGUUCUGGAAUGUUAUUCCUGUGGUGUGAGGAAUGUGUUUGUUUUGGGUUUUAUCCCAGCCAAAGCAGACUCGGUCGUCGUACUCCUUUGUCGUCAGCCCUGUGCUGCCCAAAGUUCUCUGAAAGAUAUGAACUGGGACCAAGAACAAUGGAAGCCACUUAUCGCAGACCGUUGUUUCUUAACCUGGCUGGUAAAGAUUCCUUCGGAGCAGGAACAACUUCGAGCAAGGCAGAUAUCUGCUAUGCAGAUAAACAAGUUGGAAGAACUUUGGAAGGACAAUGCUGAUGCUACCUUUCAGGAUUUAGAAAAACCAGGUGUUGACGAGGAACCACAGCAAGUAUUGCUGAGAUACGAAGAUGGUUAUCAGUAUCAGAACAUAUUUGGACCAUUGGUGAAGUUGGAGGCUGACUACGACAAGAAACUAAAAGAAUCACAGACACAAGAAAAUAUUGAAGUCCGCUGGGAUGUUGGACUCAACAAGAAGACAAUAGCAUAUUUCACUCUUGCUAAAACUGACGGAGACAUGAAGUUGAUGCAUGGAGAUGAAUUGCGUCUACGCUACCUGGGGGAACUGCACAAGCCAUGGUCAGGAGUGGGUCAUGUGAUCAAAAUACCAGAUAAUUUUGGUGAAGAAGUUGGUAUUGAACUGAAGAACAAUAGUGGUGCCCCUACUGACUGUAUCUCACACUUUGUUGUUGACUUCAUUUGGAAAUCAACUUCAUUUGAUAGAAUGCAGUUGGCCCUAAGGAAAUUUGCUGUUGAUGACUCCUCAGUAUCUGGUUACAUAUAUCAUAGGUUGCUUGGUCAUGAUGUAGAGGAAGUCUUGUUUCGCUGUCAUCUACCAAAACAUUUUUCAGCGCCUAAUCUUCCAGACCUGAACCGUUCACAGGUUUAUGCAGUGAAACAUGCAGUUCAGCGUCCACUGUCACUAAUCCAAGGUCCACCAGGAACAGGCAAAACUGUCACAUCAGCCACCAUCGUUUACCACCUGGUGAAGCAGAGCGGUGGCUCCGUCCUAGUUUGUGCUCCUUCCAAUAUAGCUGUUGACCAGCUGACUGAGAAAAUUCACCGAACAGGGCUUAAAGUGGUGCGUCUUUGCGCCAAAUCCCGCGAGGCCAUUGAGUCUCCUGUCUCAUUCCUUGCUCUCCACAAUCAGAUACGCAACAUGGAUUGUAACACUGAGCUACAGAAAUUACAGCAACUUAAAGAUGAGACUGGAGAACUUUCAUCUGUAGAUGAGAAGCGUUACCGAAUGUUGAAGAAAGCAGCAGAGAAGGAGCUCCUUGAGGCAGCCGAUGUGAUAUGCUGCACCUGCGUGGGAGCCGGUGAUCCCCGUCUCCAACGAUUGAAGUUCCACUCAAUUCUUAUUGAUGAGAGCAUGCAGUCCACCGAACCAGAAUGUAUGGUUCCAGUUGUCUUAGGAGCCAAGCAGCUGAUCCUUGUCGGAGACCAUUGCCAGCUGGGUCCUGUAGUGAUGUGCAAGAAGGCGGCUCGUGCUGGCUUAUCACAGUCAUUAUUUGAGAGAUUGGUUGUUCUGGGGAUCCGUCCAUUCCGGUUGGAAGUACAGUAUCGAAUGCAUCCUGAACUGUCUCGUUUCCCCUCCAAUUUUUUCUACGAGGGCUCCCUCCAGAAUGGUGUUUGUGCAGAGGAACGCAAACUGACCAAAAUUGAGUUCCCGUGGCCACAGCAGGACAAGCCGAUGUUCUUUUAUGUGACACAGGGUCAAGAAGAAAUUGCAGGGUCGGGAACUUCGUAUUUAAAUCGUACUGAAGCCUCUAAUGUGGAGAAGCUGGCGACACGCUUCUUGCGUUGCGGUGUAAAACCCGAACAGAUCGGUGUUAUUACCCCUUAUGAAGGACAGCGAGCUUACUUGGUUCAGUAUAUGCAGUACCAAGGGUCUCUUCAUGCUAAGUUGUACCAGGAGAUUGAGGUGGCAAGUGUUGAUGCAUUCCAAGGCAGAGAGAAGGAUUUAAUUAUUAUGUCAUGUGUCCGUUCUAACGAACAUCAAGGGAUUGGAUUCCUCAAUGAUCCACGGCGUCUCAAUGUAGCUCUUACCCGUUCAAAAUAUGGCAUCAUUAUUGUUGGAAAUCCAAAAGUGCUAUCUAAGCAACCACUGUGGAAUCAUCUGCUUAAUUUCUACAAAGAACAGAAAGUUCUGGUAGAAGGACCAUUGAACAACUUGAAAGAGUCGCUAAUCCAGUUCUCAAAACCCAAGAAGCUUGUAAAUGCAGCUAAUCCUGGGACACACUUCAUGUCCACAUCUGUGUAUGAUGCACGUGAGGCUCUGGUCCCGGGAAGUGUGUAUGACCGAACGGGGCAUAUGAAUGGUACAUCUGCACCGUCCCACUUCUUCCCCAGACCAAAUGGUGGAGGCGUCGCAGUGGAUAUGUAUACUCGGACUCAUGAUCCGAUAAGCUACAUCUCACCAGAGAGAGCACAGGCCGCACUUUCAAACCUUCCUGUGCCUGUUGGGAUGUUUAUGAAUAUGGCACAUGUCCCACCUCGCUUUUAUAACCAACAUCAACAGGCAGUGCAAGCACGUCAGAACCAGCGAAAUCGUGCUGCAACUCGCAACAAGGUCAAGAAUAGUCGCAAUAAUGUAGCCAAGAACAGCUUGACAUCUGGACAAGGGAGUCAAGAUGCCACUCAGCCAUACAGUCCACUCACACAGGGAAUGUCUCAGAGCAUGUCUCAGCCUGGGUUCAGUUUGUCUCAGCCAGGUCUUUCCCAGCCAGAACUGUCUCAGGAUAGCUAUAUGGUGGGCGAGUAUCAGUCACAGAUGGAUGGACUUCUCUCUCAAGAUUCUACAUAUCAGGGAGAUCGCUCGGCUUUCUACCCGGGCCCAUCACAGGGAGGACAGUUCUCUCAGCCAUACUGAGUAAAUGGGCGGUGACUGGUUCGCGGAGCGUCGCGGGAGCGGCACGACACGACAGAAUAACCCGGGCCAGCAAGGGGCGACAUCUGACCCGGCCUGCAUGGAUGAGAGAGGGAAUCAAACCAAUCAGCCAAGCAUUCCAGCAAAUGGCUACUGCAGGAAAGCAGGAUGAGGGAGGACAAUCGCUACCCACCGGAACCGGAAACCGACCCCGGAGAGGAGGAGAAGACACCUACCAGAUAACUGCAGCAAGACCAAUGCAUGUGGAGGCACAUGCUCCUAAGUACAGCUGAUAAUGCAAUACUCAUGAGUGGCUGCAAUGCAGGGCCUCAGGCUGCAGCUGCAGUUACGCUACAGUGCAAAACUGAUAGCUUUUAAAGAAUAUGUUAGAAAGAUUGGCAUUCUUGUGUGGAAUUGGAAAAUCAGUUGAGUAUGUCUACUUUUAGAAGAGUCUAACACAAUCUUUGUUUCUGGUAAAUUACCAAUCGUGAAAGUCAAGCUAGACUUACUGAAACUUCAGUUUUAAAUGUUUAGUUCCAUACAUUUGUUUACUAUUAUACAACAGUUUUUCAUUGGUAAAUCACAAGUUGAGGAUGGAUUGGACUCUGUUUCCACUGUUUUAUUCAGCAAGUAAUGUCUAAUAAAGCUUUUAGGAAUUUAAAUUUUGGCACCUUUUCCAGAUUUUGAUUAACAAGUAAAUGUGAUUUUUUUUGUCUUAUCUUUCUCACUUUGGAAUUAGUGUCAUGUUAGAUACAUAUAGAUGAAAAAGAAUAUUGGUUAUCCAAGUCACCAUUAUAUUAUCAAUCCAUGAUGAUUGAGAUAAUUUUUUAAGGAGGGGGCACAUUCAGUGGUAUAUUCUGUACAUUAUAAUGGCAAAGAAAUAAUUGGCAUUUAUGUGUCUUAGAAGUACAUUACAGAUCUGUAGGAAUGGCGUCAAGUCAUAGUGUAGACUGUUCAAUUUAAAUUUUAAAUUCUCUUUCCCCCCCCACCACUACAACACACAUAUUUUACUUCUUACGCAUUGAAUACUGGGCAGUUUGGUUUUCAUUAAAGAAGGAAGACCGGGUUAAUUUUGUAGACUAUGAUUGUAUUCCAGAGUAAAUGUUUUGUAUGACUUGCAAGUUGUAGGUACUUAGCAAGUCUAAACUGAGUUUUGACAUGCCUGUUAAUAUUAUUCACGCUUCCCAUAGUUCUCAUGGUUAAAGUGUUAAACUGGUUUCUAAGCAAAUGCAUUGUGAAAAUGCGACAAGAUAUUUGGACUGCACGUACUGUUAAGGCAGAUUUUGUAAAUGAAACUUCAAGAACUUGGGUGAUCAAAUUUUUGCGGUUGAUUUGUUGUUGUUUAUGUUUUGGAUUCUAUUUGAAUAUUAUAUACUGACUUGGAUAAGCAAAGUUCCAAAGUGUGAUAAUUCAUUGUGUUUGUUCCAUUACAAAUUCUAUUUUGGGGACAAGGUGGGCAUUUAAUUUGAAUUAAAUCAAUAUGCUGAUGUAGGUCAUUAUUGUACUGUUAAAAAUUAUGACCGUUCAUUUGUAUUAUUUGGUGGUCUUGGUAAAAUUAAACUGAAAAUUGUUCUUACUUCAUAA